AUGACUUCCAUGUCCAGCCUGUUCUCCUUCACCAGCCCGGCGGUGAAGCGGUUGCUCGGGUGGAAACAGGGCGAUGAGGAGGAGAAAUGGGCGGAGAAAGCAGUGGACGCUUUGGUGAAGAAACUGAAGAAGAAGAAAGGAGCCAUGGAGGACCUGGAGAAGGCCCUGAGCUGCCCCGGCCAGCCCAGCAAGUGUGUCACCAUCCCCAGGUCUCUGGACGGGAGGCUGCAGGUCUCCCACAGAAAGGGUCUCCCCAGCUCUAACCCUCUCCCCCCUGGUCUCCCCCCAGCAGGUCUCCCAGGUCACAGAAAGGGUCUCCCCAGCUCUAACCCUCUCCCCCCUGGUCUCCCCCGCAGGUCUCCCACAGAAAGGGUCUCCCCAGCUCUAACCCUCUCCCCCCUGGUCUCCCCCGCAGGUCUCCCACAGAAAUGGGUCUCCCCCAUGUGA